UGUAUUUGCAGAAUUUAAUAAAGUUGACAAAAACUAGCAGAAAACAACCUUUUCUUCUCAUUUACUUAUGAUUACUUUUGGAAUAAUUACUUUCUGUUACAAUCAGUGAACUUGGGAAAGCUGUCCACAAUGGCUACCAAAGGCUGCAGUGUUGCUGCAAUCAUAUUUAUAAGUUUGUUUGUAAACACGUCUCACGGUCAGAACAUUUCAACUGAAGGUACCCCUACUACUCUGCUAACAACGGCUGGAACCGUGAAUACAGAUAACGCGACUAUUCUGCCAACAACGGUUGGAACCGUGAAUACAGGUAACGCGACUAUUCUGCCAACAACGGCUGAAACCGUGAAUACAGCUAACAUCACUGGGCUGUCAGCAACUGAAGACCCCUCUAACGUUACCACCACCACCAUCACCACUACUAUUAAUCCAAGUGCCUGUGAUGAUUGUCAACAUGGAACUUGCGAGAUAGAAACUGGUGGAGAAUGUGUUUGCAACGAUGGGUAUACUGGCGAAAAUUGUGACAAGACGCUUAGUUGUGAAGAGAAUGCGGUACUUCGAGAUUCUUCUAGUUUACAAUCUUGCAAUGCAACGAGUAGUACUGCAGUAGACAGUACAGUUGUUUUCUCACAAACGAAUAUCGGAGAAUCAUCGUCAGCAAAUGAGAAUUGCACUACAUGCGAAGGACAUACUGUGCCGGUUGGUCGAUACAGUUGUGUUUUGGAAAAUGAAGCAGCUGUAUGGAAAGGUGAACCAACAUGGAUAGACUGUACUGAGCCACUUUCUAGUAAACCUCUAGAUGAACAAGCAGAAUAUAUCGCCACAGCAACGUCAGAUCCUGAUCUCCUGACUCCAGACCUUGUCGACGACACAGUCACAGUGCUUGAAACCGUAUCAAAACAGACGGACCUGCCUCAAGAGACUGCAGAUGAUCUUUUAUCAUCGGUGAAUAAUCUCAUGCUUGCUGAAAACAAAGAAUCCAAAGCCGCCGUAGAAGAAAAUUGGAAAAGCAUCUUGGAAAAUGUGGACAACACAGCUAAAAAUGUCAAACUGUCUACUGUGACGAGAGCCACACAAUCGGAAUACACCGAUACACAGUCAAACCUGGCCCUUGGUGUUAUAUCGGACCCGUCAGCAGAUAUCUAUUAUGGAACAAAAGAAAGCAUCAGCGGGUCAAAUUCAAAUUUGGCAGCAUUAUCUCCGGCAUUCCAUAGCAGCGUUCCAGAAGGAAGUUUCAUGAAAUCGAAAGCAUCAGGGAGUGGUCGAAUCUCAUUCAAAAUGUAUGUAGCAGAAAAUAACCUUUUUGAGGAAGCUAUUGACGUAAAAAUAGUUAAAGUUGUCUUAUCUGUGUCUGGAACCGACAGUUUCACAUUGAAUUUUGAGACAGAGAGGGAAUAUCUCAUCACUGACUCGAUCAAUGGAAGAAUCAACAACACUUUUGCUUUGGACUGUUCACGGUGGGAAAGAUCUAAUUCUUCGUGGAUUGCCGGACAAUGCACUUCGCGUAAAACCAACGGAAAAUAUGUUUCGUGCGAUUGUAGUAGAAGUGGAGAAUAUAUAUUACGAGAGAUCAGUAUCGAACCCGUUGACAACAGUCUCAGUCCAGGAGCGAUAGCUGGUAUCGUCAUUGGAGCUGUGGUGGGCGUGGCGUUAAUCGGUGGAGUCAUUUAUUACUGUUGCGUCUCGAAGAAAAAGAAGAAAUCCCCUAAAGUUGAUCCUAAUGAUGAGGGAAAUGAGAACCGACCUAAGUCGACACAACAAAGCGUAAACGAUGCAUUUGACGAAGAUGAACCUUGAUACAUUUUUGCAAAUGAAAACAUUACUAUAGUUUUUUUCCGAAAUAAUCCGCACUUAAUUCAUAUUGUUAAACACUAUAUUAGUAAUAUUAUAAUACAUCCAAACGAUAUAAUUUGAAACGCGUAGAAGUUCAUGAUAUGAAAUCUACACGAAUACCAUUCUUUUGAGCUCUAUCACCUGACUUUAGGUCUACUUUAUUAAAUUUAUUGGCACACUUAAAAAAAAUUUUGCUGAUAUGUCAUAAUUUCACAAUACAUUCAUCGAAAAAAAAAAAUUAAUAAUAGUUCGUCAGCGCUGUAAGGUAAUUGAUGAACAAGAUAGUGGAAAAUGUUGGGUUUUCACGUUACAUGGACCGGCGCUCGACAAACAUGAAGCCCUAUUUGGGCGGUCUCCCAUCUCAACAAAAUGUGUAAAUUUAUAUUAAAAAAAUGCUUGUCCAACUUCAUUUGUAUUUGGUACUAAUAAUACAUGUAAAUCAAUUUCUGAUUUGAGAAUGAUAGAAUCAAAAUUGUAUAGAGUGUUAUAAAAAUACGAUUGCAACGACUAUCUUGUUGAAUAUUUUGCGAUUAUGCGGUUUGAAAAUUUAUCUAAUCUUGUUAGAUUCGAAUCUUACGAUACAGCUAUUUACGCGCUCUAUUACAAUAUUUUAACAACUCUGACAUCUGAAUUCCAGCAUAAGUAAUGAAAAAUAUUGUCGUUAUUCAUCAUGUGUUCGCCAGCAAACUGGCUUGCUCAAAAUCCCAACUUUCUAAAGUAAAAUAAGGCUAGUCUAUGCUUACUAGAAAUAUCGUUUAUUGCAUGAAUUGAAGAAAUGAUUUUUGUGUCCUACUAUGAAAUUAUAUAAUCAAAAUAAGCAUGACGCAAAAUUUUCUUCAAUAAAGAAAUGAUUGUAAUAAACUAAUGAGAUUAAUUUCGACUAAAUUUUAUAUAGCAAUUUAGUUCGGUUUGCAUAUGCUACUGAUUCUGUUUUACUUGCCCGGAACUGAAAACACAUUCUAUAUAUAAUUCAGCCACGAUGAAGAAUUUUUUGUUUAUUUCGAAUAGUAGCUACAUUUGUAUUAUUGUUAAACUAAUACCCAAGAGUCGUUUGCUUUUUUUGUUUCUACUCAUUUUCAGCCGUAUAUAUGUUUAGAAUUACUAAGCCGAAAGAUCCAAUAAUUUUUAAAGCUUACGCCAAUUUUAUGCUUAGAUACUUGUGUAAAAAGUGUUUUCUGUAAAGAGAAUCUGAAUAUUAUCUUAUUUUCAUACAAUGCAAUAAAAAUUAAAUUCGUAUAA